UCGUCCCCCCCUCCUCCCGUGUCGUCUCGCUCCGUCGCUCGCCUCGGCCCCCCGCAUCAUUGCCGAUCAUUGCGCUCCGUUAUUCUCCGGACACCGCGCGCCCCACUCCUACACCCUACUCCCUCUCGCCCGCAGCCUAGCGCCGUUAUCUCCUCGCCUGCCUGCGCUCAGCGCGCGUCUUGUCACGGGCUCGACUACCCCAAUCCUCGUGGUGCGAGCCAGAAGAUAUGAGCGCCAGGUGCGUCAAGCUGCUGCUGCUGGUCACGCUGAUCCCGCUGGCGCUCAGGGCGACCUCGCUGCUCCUCGGCGGCCCCGCCGUGCCGGCGUCGUCCCACCACCGGCAGUCCCCGAUGAGUACUGCUACUGCCACCGUCACCGGCCGUGCGAGCGUCUCGGCUGGUUUGGUGCCCGGCCGGCCGUAUCGCCAGACGAGGCGCCGGCGGCGGACCGAGAGCGCCCUCGCCGCCUUCGACGGCACGAGGCGGCUCCGGCAGGCCGACGGCGGCAGCUGGUUCGAGGACGACAAGAGGCUGGCGCCCACGGGGUCCAACCCGCUGCACAACCUGCGAUGACGCCUGCUGCCGCCGCCGCUUCUCAGCUCGUGAAUCAAUCUUGCAGCCUUGCAGGUCAGCGGCAAUGGCGAUGAGAUUUUGGCUCCCGGUAACGCCUACGAUCUGAAUUGAAUCCGUGAUGUCUUUGAUACCAGCGUGUGCGUACAUAUUCUUGAGGGUCCAUGUACAUACAGUCUGAAUACUUCUGAAGAAUUGGUGUAAAGAAACACUACUUGAGCAUGUCAUGCUUGCCUGCAAUUGCUUCAAA